UUAUUUUGAGUUAAAAGAAAAUUAAGUUCCUUUGAAAACAUAAAUGACAUUAACAAAUUCUUCUUAUAUUCCAAUUUUAUUUAAGAUAAAAACAACUGAUGUAAUAUAUUUUUCAGUUAAACCUCAUAAAGGAAUAAUAAAUCCAAGUUAAUAAAUAGAUAUUGUAUUUGAAAUAAUAAAGCCAAUAGUAUAAAAAAAAAUAUUUAUAACUUAAAAAAUAAAAUAUAUUAGACUAAAUAAGAUGCAGAAAAUUUAGUAGAAAACAAAUUUUAAGUUUAGACUAUAUAAUGUAUGACUAUAAAAAAUGCUAAUGAAUUUGAAAAUAUAUGGAAAUAAAUAGAUUAAAAUAAAAUUGAUUAAUUUAAAUUGAAAGUUAAUAUAUAUAAAACUGUUAAUAAUGUAAAAGAAUUCAUUGUAAAUUAAAAAUCAGAAUAUUAGUCUGUAUAUUAAUAAGUCAGGCAAUGUAAUGUUCUUUCAAAUAAUAUAAGUUCAAAAGAUUAAGAAGAUUAACUGAGAAAAAAAUUUACUUUGUUAUCUUAAAAUUAUGAUGAGUUAGAAAAAACCAUUAAAGUUGCAAAAGCUUAAAGAUAAUAAGCAUAUAAUUAAUUACUUUAAAGUUAAUUUCAAAACUAAGUAAAUGGAUAACAUGAUAAAGAUUAAAGUUCUUAUAAAUUUUUUUUUAUUUUAAUAGGAAUAAUUUUAGCAUUUGUAUUUUUUAAAUGAAAAAUUAUUUAAAUUUAUAU